AUCACAAAUUCCAAAACACGAUUGGAAAUGGCUCUCAUGCGGAUGCGCAUUACAAGUCUUCCUGUCUUUGCAAAUCUGCAUCACAACUCUGGCGUGGGUACGUUUUUACUCAGGAUAGGACAAGAUGCUGACCCGGCACUACCCGAAAAAAAACUCGGUCAUCAUCUUAUCAACUGCAAAAGUGUCUGGGUCUGGAAGAAUGCAAGUUUGUUAUGCUUGUCUCACAUGAUUCUUAAAUUUGUCAUGCACAUUACCCAAGAGCCCCAUUUUGCUGUCAUGCAGAAACGCAGUUUGUCAUGCAGAUUAGGCAACACCUCUAAGCUCAAAAGCUUGUCAUGCUGAGCCAGCAUUUGUGGCCUCUUCAUGAUACGCCACCCAGCAUCACAAGUUUCCAGACCCAGACACUUUUACAAUCCAUACAUCUUCAAGACGGACGAGGAAUCCUUCCACGGGGUGCCGGACGUGUUGCUCAAUCCGGCAAAC